AUGCCACACUCCGAGCACAGCGACAGCGAGAGCUCCGACACUCCCAUGGACGCUAUCCUCCCCACCACAUCAGAAACGAUCUAUUUCGUCACAGGUGCAAACCGUGGUCUCGGCCUAGGCUUCUCACGUGUCUUGCUCUCACGACCGAACACUUGCCUCAUAGCCGCCGUCCGGGAUCCAAGCAAAGCCUACGAUCUCUGGAACCUCCCAAAAGCAGAGAAUAGCCGACUCAUCAUCGUCAAGAUCGACGGCAACAUCGACUCGGACCCCCAAACAGCAGUCGACACCCUACGACAAAGCUACGACAUCAACCACCUGGACGUCGUGAUAGCGAAUGCCGGAAUAGAACAAUGGUUCGGUCCCACAACCAACAUCCCACUCAGCGAACUACGCACCCACUUCGAAGUCAACGCCCUCUCCCCCCUAGCACUCUUCCAAGCAACCUACCAUCUCCUCUUUGCCUCCCCCACCAAAUCCCCAAAAUUCGUCCCGAUCUCCUCACGCCUAGGCUCCAUGACCGAACUCGCGAAAGUUCAGAAUCCGGCCGCUGCAUACGGCGCGAGUAAAGCUAUGCUGCAUUACCUCACCUGCCGGAUGCAUUACGAGAACGAGGCGUCGGGUCUCGUUGCUUUUCCUAUGAGUCCCGGGUUCGUGCAGACGGAUCUGGGGAAUGCGGGGGCGAGGAAGGCGGGGAUGAAGAAGGCGGUGUUUACUGUUGAGCAGAGUGUUGAGGGGAUGAUGAAGACAAUCGAUAAUGCUACCCGGGAGAAGCAUGGCGGCACAUUCCAGUCCUGGGAUGGGACGACCUUUGAGUGGUAG